AUGUUUCAGGGUGCUGAGUCAAGAUAUUCGGAGAUGGAGAAGCUAGCCCUUACUUUAGUUGUCACGGCUCGAAAGUUGCGACCUUACUUCCAGUCGCAUAAAGUGGUGGUACUGACCAAUCACCCCCUCAAGCAUGUGAUGUCACGACUAGAGGCCUCCGGGAGACUGAUCAAAUGGGCCGUGGAAUUGGGGCAAUAUGAUGUGGAUUACCAACCCAAGACCACGCAGAAAGCGCAAACGCUGGCGGACUUUGUGACAGAGCUCUCUAGCGAUCCAAAGUCACCUGUUGUUGCUAAAGAACAGGGCUCGAAAUGGAUGUUGCACGUGGAUGGCUCCUCAAAUGCUAACAAUGGAGGAGCGGGUAUACUGAUCCAAGGGCCAAAAGGAGUAGAGAUCGAGGUGGCAGCUCGCCUGUCCUUUCCUGUUCCUAACAACGAAGCAGAAUAUGAAGCACUCAUCUUGGGAUUAGAACUCGCGCAUGAAGCUGGAGGUAAAGAUCUGGAAGUUUUUACAGAUUCCCAGUUAAUCGCGUUGCAAAUUGAAGGAACAUACGAAACCAGGGAAAGGACGAUGACGUCUUAUAAAGAGAUCGUCCAACAACUAAUGAGCAAAUUUGAUAAAUGUUCUGUUUUGCAGGUGCCUAGAGCGGAAAAUGACAAGGCAGACGCCUUAUCCAAAUUUGGGGCUGCAAUGGACGGGAUUAGAGAUUGCAAAAUAAUAGCAUUAGUACGCGAACGAUCAACCUUAGCAAGCAGAAUGGAGGUACAAGCAGUCUCCGAAGUGGGAUCGUGGAAGGAUGAAAUCAUUAAUUACUUGGAGAACGAUAUCUUGCCUGCUGAUCCCGUUGCUGCGAAAAGAGUGAAAUUUCGAGCUACACGAUUCACUAUGUUGUCAGGGCAGCUAUACAAGCGAACACUGGACGGACCUCUCCUGAAAUGCUUAGACGAGGAAAGAGCUUUGUAUGUGAUGCGCGAAAUCCACGAAGGGAGCUGUGGGAACUAUUCAGGGGCGAGAUCGCUGGCUCAGAAGAUCAUACAACAGGGGUAUUUCUGGCCCACAUUAGUUAAGGAUUCCAAGGAGCUAGUGAAGAAGUGCGAAAGCUGCCAGAAAGAUGCAUCCCUGAUACACCAACCAGCGACCUCGAUGGAGCCGAUCAAAGUGGCCUGUCCCUUCGACCAGUGGGGAAUAGACAUCGUGGGACCUUUCCCCCCCGCUCAAGCUCAAAAGAAAUUCAUCAUUGUAGCGGUAGAAUACUUCUCCAAGUGGGUUGAAGCUGAGGCCGUGGCCAAGAUAUUCGAGAGAGAAGUUAUUAAUUUCAUUUGGAAAAAUAUCAUCUGCAGGCUCGGAAUACCCAGAAUUCUAAUUUCUAAUAAUGGCACCCAAUUUCAAGGAAGGAAGGUUACAGAAUGGUGCAAGGAGCUCAAGAUCGAACAACACUUCACGGUGGUCGCGAACCCGCAGGCCAACGGGCAGAUGGAGGUGACUAACAGAACGAUCUUGCAGCACUUGAAAACACGACUGGAGAAUAAGGGAUCAUGGGUAGACGUACUGCCAGGAGUUCUGUGGGCUUAUCGCACAACUCCGCGAACUGCUACAGGUGAGACCCCAUUUUGCUUGGUAUACGGGACGGAAACUAUAAUUCUUGCGGAAAUAGGAGAGGAGUACCAGCGGGUCGCCUCUUACGACCCUGGUUCUAACCAAGGUGAGUGGAGUUUCGACUUUACAGUGAUUGAAGAGAAGAGAGAUGCGGCAUACGCCUGA